GCGGCGGCGGCAGCAGCGGCGGCGGCGGCGGCAGCGGCCUCCAGCUUCGCGUACCCGGGGACCUCCGAGCGCACGGGCUCCGCCUCGUCGUCCUCUUCAGCCGUGGUGGCCGCGCGCCCCGAGGCGGCCCCCACCAAAGAGUGCCCGGCGCCUUCGGCGGCUACUGCUGCAGCGCCUCCGGGUGCGCCGGCAUUGGGCUACGGCUACCACUUCGGCAACGGCUACUACAGCUGCCGCAUGUCUCACGGCGUGGGCCUGCAGCAGAAUGCGCUCAAGUCGUCGCCGCACACCUCUCUGGGAGGCUUCCCCGUGGAGAAGUACAUGGACGUGUCCGGCCUGGCGAGCGGCAGUGUUCCGACCAAUGAGGUCCCCACGCGAGCCAAAGAGGUGUCCUUCUACCAGGGCUACACGAGCCCCUACCAGCACGUGCCCGGGUACAUCGACAUGGUGUCCACCUUCAGCUCUGGGGAGCCUCGGCACGAAGCCUACAUCUCCAUGGAGGGCUACCAGUCCUGGACGCUGGCCAACGGGUGGAAUAGCCAGGUGUACUGUGCCAAGGACCAGCCUCAAGGGUCCCACUUUUGGAAAUCAUCCUUCCCAGGGGAUGUGGCUUUAAAUCAGCCAGACAUGUGUGUCUACCGACGAGGAAGGAAAAAAAGGGUGCCUUACACCAAACUGCAGCUCAAAGAACUGGAGAAUGAGUAUGCCAUUAACAAGUUCAUUAACAAGGACAAGCGGCGGCGGAUUUCAGCUGCCACGAACCUAUCUGAGAGACAAGUGACCAUUUGGUUUCAGAACCGAAGAGUGAAGGAUAAGAAAAUCGUCUCCAAACUCAAAGAUACUGUCUCCUGAUGUGGGCCAAGCUGACCACAGUUUAAUUGCUUUCAGUUGUCUCCAAUCUUUGGAAAGACUUGAAUAUGUAUUUAAUUCCUCCCCCGCACACCCUUGCCGAAGAUGGCAAAUUUUGUGAAUUGUUUUUCUUUCUUAACUCUCACCUGUCUCUAAAACCUUUGGCUGCCCAACCUGACUUUGUAGUUGUUUCUUAUUUGUUGAUUAUUGGUUUUUGUUCUUGUCUAGGUUUAUUUUUUUAAUGAUGUUUUAAAUGUUCUGUUUCUCCCUCCAGGCCAGUAUAAAGGACUUGAAGUAUUUUUUAAUAAUCUCCCCCGAAGUGAAUUUCAGAAGUGACAUUCUGAUUUAAGAGUUCUACUUUUAAAAAAAAAAUCACUUUAUAUAUCCGUUUCCAGCAUUGAUUAUCUUUGUAAUCCAUUAGGGCAGAACGAUUUGCAGUCAUUCAUAUCCUGUGAUUGGGUAAUUGAAUCAUUAGCUCUCAGCAGUUGCCCUGAGGCAAAUGAAGCAACUCUAGGCAGUCUGUGCUCCAGGGUCAACCAGGGAGCUGAAGGCUCUGUGAUGGUUCUCAAAGUAGCUACCUUAUUAAAUAGUGUUUGUGUUAGAAUGAAGACAAUCUUCCCAAUUUUGGAUCCCUCACUUGCUGUUUUAGUUGUAUAUUUGCAACACACCUUGUAAUUUGUGCUUUUAUAACCUUUAAUUUGAAAAUAAUAUAUCUUCAUGGAUGCCUUCAUUUCUCAGAAUCCAGAUAAAGAUAUUUAAGUCAUUGCAAUUGGCAUGGUAACCCAUGGGUGGUAUAAGUGCACUCUUCAGCCUCCAGUGUGUGAGACUAGGAUUGAGGCCCUCAGUCUCAGCAAAGGCUGAACCGUUGUGGCCAUGGGUGGGAAUUUUAUUCAGAACCCAAUGAAGAAUUUAAAUAUUUGAAUGAAUGCAUUGGGCCUCUCAAAGGGCUCUAAAACACCUAACAAAUUUGAAAAAUAUGAAGUUGUAAGAUCGAAGAAGAAGAAGAGGAGGAGGAGGAGGAGACAUAUCUGAAAGUGAUUGCUAAAGAACUACUUUUAAAGUGCUGCAUAUUUAUACAA